CAUCCUGUCUGUGUAAGUUGGAUUCAUACAAAUGAACAUCGUCUCCUCCAACUUAUUCCCAACGAGCCUCCUACACUACUAGCUACCGUUUAACUUCGACAAUAACCCAUUCUCAACCUUCGCUGCUCCGCUAUUGCGUGCUAUAUUGCAACACUAGACCAAAACAUGAUACAAUCUUGGACCAACUUAUAAAAAGAGUAUAAACCACCAAGGUCUCCCGGUCUCGUCGUCUCGCCUUGAACAUACGCCAGACAGCUCCGAUUUGCUUCCCCUAAGGAUUCGCUUCGACUUUUUCGACUUGGGCAUGUGUGAUAGCUUUGUGUAAAUACUACACAAUACUAUUCUACUUGUCAAGCAAGUUGGCCUCGACCAAACACUGAAACUCACACAAACCCGAACCACACCGUACACCAUGUCUUCCGAUCUGUCUUGGGAGCCUAUGUUCUGCCUUGCCUGUGACAGGCAGACUGACGGCGCUACCUACUGCUCUGAGCCAUGCAGGCUUUCUGACUUCGAGAAGACAUCUUCCACAUCAAGCACACCAGCGAGCACUCCAGGACUCGUCAGCCCGUCUUCUUAUAACUGGGCAGCCCCGAGGCCUCAAUCCAAGUUCUUCUUACCUCCUGCCUACGACUUCAGCAACGCCCAGCCUUACGGCUCAACGCCCCUACCGCAAUCAUACUUAAGCCAACGUUCAGAUUCAUCUUCGUCCUCGACGCGAGCCCUCACCCCAUCGAGCUCUCACAGCAGCCUAUGUUCACUCCGCAGUACUUCUUCAGGAACCGAAAGCACGCAAAUAUCAGAUAAGGCUAAGAAGCAAUUGAGGGACUAUGCUAGCUCUUUCGAGCACGCCCGCCUCCAACAACAACGACGACGAUCCUACUAGAUGUAGGCUAGACGAACAGACGAUAUUUCCUACCCUCGAUGAACAUCCAUCCAUCCAACACUCCACUUAUAAUACCCAAUAAGCAUGUUACUACUACCGGCUCUACGUAGCUACCACACGACUCCUUCCUUUCUUCAUUUUCCUUAUUGCUUUUAUCUUUUGGACAUAACGACUAGGCAUGGGUUGAUCAUGCUACGUCUAUCUCAUUUGUUGCUUUGUUGUACAAGAGCAUCUUUCGGAGCACAGCAUCAUAAAAAAAGUUUGGGUCAUUUCGGGAUUCUGCCUUCGACUUCCUUCGAGCCGCGGGCGUACGAUUGGGGGCUACCGGUAUAGGGACGGGCAUUGUUGUACUACGAUACAAUAUUGAGAUAUCACUUGUGUUUCUAUUUGCAUGGCACACGGAUGCCGGGAACGGGGUUUCUGGCACAGGAAUUGGCAGCAGUCGGUUAGACUACACUGGCUCAGACAAUGUUUUUGGAAGUCGUCGGACUCGCGGCGAGGGCGUUAGAAUAGGGCAGAGCAGCCGUGAUUGGGGUAUAACCCAAAGCACAGGCUCAUCCAUGUUCAACGUGGAUUGAUGGAACUUGAUACUCGUUUUUAGGCAACUAGGAUUAGCCUAUGCUUGCCUCUCCUAGCUGGCACUGCAUUUAUUACGCACGACCGCAGGAGAUUCGUUCAUAAAAGAAUCGAAAAAACCAGUUCAAGCCCCUCAAAAAAUAUAUGAUAAAAUCUCA